GAGGGGAGUUUGCACAUGGAGCGGGAGGGAGCCCGGGCGCCGGCAGGGGGCGAGCCGGGACGAGGAAGUGCCGCUCCGCCCGGGGCAGCCCUCCGAGAGCCAGAGGCGCCGCCACCCCUCGGUGGGCUCGAACACGGCCCCUUGAGACCUUCCGGAGGCGGCGGCUGGUCUGAGGACGACGCGGAGGACGUCACUGCGGGUCGGUGCUUCCUUACAGGUGCCUUCUGGACCGGGGUCCUCUGCUCCUGCCCUCGGCGCCGGACCCUGUGCCCUGGGAGCCUGCCUCGGUGUCCCAGCCGUCCCGGGCUUGGGGCGCUGAGCGGGCUGCGCGGCUUCGAGCCCGGAAGGCAGCGGUCCCGCGGGCUCCGCGCUGCCCAGGGCGACUCCGGCGUGGGAAUCCGGCGGAAGGGAAGCACCCGCAGGGAGGGCUGGACCCCGGAGGCUGCAGAGCGUCAGAAGCGACUCUAGGGAACUAGGGGGUGGGGUAGGGAGGCGGGGACGUGGAAUAAAGCUUUGGGUGCUGGCUAUGAAAAGUCAGGUGUGUAUAGGCGCGGACAGAGUGCCGAUGUGGGAGUCUGGACACCUGGGUUUUCUGGUCGGGACUCUGUGUCCUUGGGCUAAACAUUGGCGGUUCCACUGAUGUUCCCUAACACUUGAAAUGACGUUUGAAGUUGCCUGGAAGAAGUCUCUUCCUGUUUCCUCUCAGAGGUG